AUGUUAUCAGAAAAAAUUAAAGAGACGAAUUGGUCUGCCAUUAAAAAUGCGCCUUUUCCUGCUGAAGGAGUGGGUAACCAAAGUUACAACAAUUAUCAUUUAGUCGGCGGAAUGAUUGGAUAUUUUUUUGGCACUUCAAAAUACUCUUCACCAUGGAAGAAUAAAGUUAACCUUCCAGGAAAAAAUGUUGAAGAGUAUAUCAAGAUAAAGGACGCAUCAUUAUCAAUAUACUCUGGCAGAAAAAAGAUUCCAAUGGAACUUUUUUUUGAGAAUUAUUUUGAUAAUAAAAUCGAUCUUUGUGGUGAUGCGCUUGAAAUCCUCGAAGCAAGACAUGAUUGGGCAUCGUUUGAAUUUGGUUUGAUUCAAGCUAAAUUUUUUAUAUCUCAAUGGAUUCCUGAAACUAUAGUUCAUUCCAAAAAACAAGAUGAAGAUCAAGUCAGAGAUCAUUAUGAUCGUGGUGAUGAUUUUUACGCUGCAUUUUUAGGUCCAACUAUGAUUUAUACAUCCGGGAUCAUAUCUGAUGCUACUAAAAACGAAACUUUAGAAGAAAUACAAGAGAACAAGCUCAAAUUAGUUUGCGAAAGAAUGAAGUUUAAGAAGGGUGAACGACACUUGGAUAUUGGUUGUGGUUGGGGUACGCUUGUAGCUUAUGCAUCAAAAAAUUAUGAAACUAACUCAACUGGUAUUACACUUGGACGUAACCAAACAGCCUUUGGUAAUAAUAGAAUCAAAGAAUAUGGGGUUAGCCAAGAACAAGCAAGUAUUCACUGUAUGGAUUAUCGUGAUAUACCUCCUACUCCAAAAUAUAAUAAAAUCACAUGUCUUGAAAUGGCAGAACAUGUUGGCGUUAGGCUUUUUUCCACAUUUUUGGAACAAGUCAGAGACAUGCUUGAAGAUGAUGGUUUAUUCUUUUUACAAAUUGCAGACUUGAUAUGGGGAUUGUUUAUGGCUAAGUAUAUUUUCCCUGGAGCAGAUGCCUCUUGUCCUUUAGCCUGGGUGAUUAAUCAAUUGGAAUGUGCAGGAUUUGAGGUUUAUAGUGUAGACACAAUUGGUGUUCAUUAUUCUGGUACUAUUUGGCGUUGGUAUCAGAACUGGUUAAAAAAUAAAGAUACUAUCAUUGCAAAAUAUGGAAUAAGGUAA